AACUCCAUGACGUGGCUCUUGCAAACACCUCCUGCACACUUGCUGAUCUGCAGGGCUCUGUCCUUCCAUCCACAGGACAAGGACAGAGGAGACAGCCCACAGGCAGUGCCAUGUACCCCAACCACUCCACUCUCCUCGGCCUUGCAUUCUAUCUGGGAUCAGCAACCCAAGCACAAAAGGUGGUCCUACCUAGACCCUCCAUCUUGGCUAAGCCAGGCUCUGUGAUCCUCUGGGGGAGACCUGUGACCUUCGUAUGCCGGGGCCCUCCUCGAGUUGAUAUAUUCUGUCUGCAGAAGAGGGGAAAGCUUUCCUAUGUGGAUGUGAAGAACCAUCUGAGGUUGAAGACAGAGGCUGAAUUCCCCAUCACCUCAGUGAGUGAAGACACUGCGGGACUUUAUCGCUGCAUCUACUAUAAACAGUCCAAUUGGUCUAAGUACAGUGAAUUCCUGAAGCUGGAGGUGAUAGGUGCACCUGGUGACAUCAGCCCCUCACCCACAGAAGCAGACUCCGUGACAGGGAAUGGUUUGAUCUCAAGAAUGUUUCAAGAUUAUGGACGUAGGCUCCCCAGGGCGACCCGUCUGUCUCAACUGAACAUAUGGCUGAGUUUGGGCCAAAGGAUCCAGGUACAACCCGGUGAACGUCCAGGAAGCCCUUCCUCCCUCCUGACCCAGUGGGGCCCCAUUGUGGCCUCUGCAGAAAGUCUUAUCCUCCAGUGUCACUCUGAUGUUAAAUAUGACAGAUUCACUCUAUCCAAAGAGGGAACACGUGACCUUCCCCAGGGCCUUGGCUGGCAACCCCAGCGUGGGAACUCUCAGGUUGACUUCCCCCUGGGCCGUGUGAACCGCACCCACAAGGGCCAGUACAGUGGAUACAAUCUCUCCCAAGAGUGGUUGGUCCCCAGUGACCCCCUGGACAUACUGGUUGCAGAACCUAGGUGGAGGUGGGGCAACACCACACACUUCCUUCUUCUCUCCAGGAAAGCUCCUUACAUACCUUCACUCUCAGCCCAUUCAGCACCCGACGUGGCCUCAGGAGAGAAUGUGACCCUGCAGUGUCACUCAUGGAGCUCGAUGGACACUUUCCUUCUCUCUAAGGAAGCAGGAGUUGAUUCCCCCCUGCAUCUUCGAUCCGUACACCAAGCUGGGAUGAACCAGGCCUACUUCACCAUGGGUCCUGUGACCUCAGGCCACAUGGGGACCUACAGGCGCUAUGGUUCACUCAGUAUCUCCCCCUACCUGUUGUCAUAUCCCAGUGGCCCUCUGAAUCUUAAGGUCUCAGCCUCCACUUCCAAGAGUUACACAGUGGGGAACUGUGUGCGCAUGGGCCUGGCUGGUAUGGUCUUGCUGAUCCCGGUGGUGAUUUUGGCAGAAGCUGGGAACAGCCAGUGCAGAUCUCAACAUGGUUGCAUGGGAUGGAGACAAGCUGGUGCCACCAGAGAUUAAUUAGACUUCGGGCCCAGGAUGGAGACGAGAUGGUGUCAGCCAGACAGAUUAGACUCCAGGACUUCUGGGAGGACAUCCCCAAGGACUCUGAGGCUCACAACUGGAACCCAAAAGAAACCAGAGCCCCCCAUGGUCUGUGCAUUGUGGGGAGCCAACAGUGAAGAGGUUUUCCCUAGGCCACUGCUGAAUUCCUGCCAGGAGUCCUGGACCCUGUUCUCAGAAGUAAUUGGGGAGAAGUGACAUGCUCCAUCUUCCUUUUGAUUUGUCAGUCUUCUGUCUUGGUGGGUUUCUCUCAAUGUUUGAUCUUAAUAAAUGCGGUACCUUGCCCCAUUCCUUCUUGAAUUUCUCUUCUCUCCUGGGCUAUAAACAACAAAUCCUGUUUCCCUGUAGCUUAUGUCUUCCUCUUCGUCUUCUUCUUUUCAUGCUUUUUAGGUAAUUAUUAAUUGUGUUUUUAUUACAACUUUCAAUUGUAUAUAGUUACAGUAUAGAAUUCAGUUUUUUUAUUGUUAACUUUGCGUUCUGCAAACUUGCUAUUCUCACAUAUUAGUUAUAAUAGUUUUGUUGUAGAUUCCUUAUGAUUUUCUAUGUAGCUCACAUAUAAUCUGAGAAGAAAGUUGUUUUAUUUAUCGUUUAUCAAUCUUUAUGCCCUUUGCUUUUUGGCCUAGCAGUACUGCACUGUCUAGCACCUCCAAUACAAUGUUAAGUUAUUGCCCCUUAAUAAAUAUUUGGCUCAAUAAAGAAUUAUAUACUCAAAAUUAAUUCCUUGACAAUACAUUUCCAAAAUCUCCCGAUACCUAUAUUUGCGUUGGGAAGUCUGGUCUCAAGGAGGUUGUCAUUCUAUUGAGCAUAAAUUUCAUUUUCUCGAGAAAGUAAUUUUAACUUUGACUUUCUUUACCAUGAAGGAUGAAGAUACAAGUUUCGUUUGGAAAUUUAUGCAUCCUAGUUAAUA